CAUUGUCACAGGUCUCUAUGACACAAGGGCCUGUAAUUACAUAGAGAGAGAGCCGGUGAUAUUGUGUACCGCUGUAAAGGUUGGUCUCUUGGAGCAGUAUGGGGAACAGUGCAUUAAAAGCCCACAUAGAAACCGCACAGAAGACGGGUGUAUUCCAGCUGACCGAGAAGGGAUUAGUUGAGUUCCCUGAAGAUCUGCAGAGGCUUUCUGUAAACCUGCGAACCAUCAACCUGUCCAGUAACAAGAUAGAGGUUCUACCUCCAUUGGUGGGAAAGUUUGCUGUUCUUAAGAGCUUGUCCAUGAAUAACAACAGACUAGGAAAGCUCCCGGAUGAACUGUGUAAACUGAAAAAACUGGAGACCUUGCACCUAAGUGCUAACCAGAUCAAAAGCCUCCCAGCAGACUUUGGUCAGCUCUCUGCCUUGAAGACCCUCAACCUUUCUGGCAACCAACUUCGUGCUAUGCCAACCCAGCUCUGCGGCCUGCGACAUCUGGACGUGGUGGACCUGUCCAAAAAUAAAAUCCAGUCCAUUCCUGAUGAGGUGGUUGGAGUGCAAGCCAUAGAGAUCAACUUGAACCAGAACCAGGUGAGUAAUGGCGGGAA